AUGUCCUCUUUAGUUGGAACCAACAAUGAGCAGCUUAUAUUGACUAAAUUCCAUUCUCGUAGCGUGAUUCAUUAUAAUUACGCAGAGUUUUAUAUUGAAUCAAGCUAUACCAACUCUUCUAAAGUUGCCAUUGAAGCAUCAUAUGUUUUUCCGAGCAUUUCUGGUAUGCACUUAUCAAAGCUCUCAAUAUAUACAGGCAAAAUUGAGCUUCAGCUUAAAAUUGAAGAGUACCAAAGGCCUCUAAAAUCAUAUCAAGAUGCAAAAAAUGCAGGCGAAAGCGAUUACACACUUGAUAAAUUAAGAGAAACGAACAUGAUAUGCUAUCGUGUUGGAAAUGUUUUAGCGAAUUCUCAAGUUGCAUUACAUUAAACCUGGUAUUUAAGGUGUCUAGUGCCGCACCCCUUAAUUAAAAAGGGUUAUAGCUUAAACAGUGACGCCACCAAGGCAUCUUUGAAUGCGUGGUCAGCCAACGCCCAAGCCUCCUAUAAAGCUUCGCCAGUCUCCGCCGCACGUCUCACCCAGCGCGUUGCCGUCGCUUUCCCUGACUCAGCUCCUGCGCGUGUUCCGCCUAAGGGUCCUCCUCCCCUUGGGGAUGUGCUGAGAGGUAAAACUCUGAGCCUCUUGAAUGCACUGAGGAGCCGUUCCUUUUUGUUAUACCCAAAGUUAAACGGCUGUUGCUGUGAAUUUUCGAGAGAAAACCCACCCCAUAAAUAAAAUCCCAUGGGGGAGAGAAAAUUGGCAGAGCCAAUUUCUCUCUAACCGAACGCCAUUUUAUUUAUGAAUUUUCAAGUUGCAAUUAAAGCAGUUUAUGUUUGCAAAACUGAGCAAACACUUCCUGAAAACUAUUGGAAAUUCAAAAUCCCUAAAGAUCUGUUACCUAAUAAAUUAGGAAGUAUCAAACACUCUGCAGAAGCAUUUAUAAUAUGGAAAGAUUUUCCUGUAGAGCAUGGGAAUUUUAUUUUGAAAAAAGGAAAUUUAAUAACACUUGAUGAAAAGCACAACUUAGCAGCCUUCAGGAACUUCGACCCUAAUUAUGAUAUUGAGCUUAUUUAUUAUUAUGAAAUCCCAAAAGAGCCUUUGCUAAUAGUCCAAAAAGAUCAAAGAACUGAUAGAUAUGCCUUUCAUUUGUCCUAUACACCUAUUAAAGAAUUAAAUGAAAGUGGAAAUGAUGGAGAGUUUGUGAUUUUGCUAGACAGAAGUGGAUCAAUGAGCAGCAGAAUAAAAUUAGCAACAGAGGCAGUUGCAUUAUUUAUCCGUUCUCUCCCUGCAAACUGCUAUUUUAAUGUAGUAAGCUUUGGAAGUAGAUAUGAGUCGAUGUUCAAGAAAAGCAAAAAAUAUGAUAAAUGCUCGGCUGAUGAAGCACACCGUUUAGUUCUCAAGUAUAAAAGUGAUAUGCAUGGAACUAAGCUGCUCGAUCCUUUGGAAUACAUUUUUAAUUGACCGAGAAUUCCAGGGUAUCCAUUAAAUAUCUUUAUAGUGACUGAUGGGAAUAUUUGGCUACAUAAGAAAGAAAUAGUUGCUUUGAUCAAGAAACAUAAAAAUGAAGUAAAAAUAAGCACUAUUGGAAUUGACACAAAUCACGCUUCUAUUGAUGAAUUUGCGAAGUUAGGCAAUGGUACUUCUCAGCAUGUAUAUAGCGAAAACCAGAUAAAGCCAGCAAUUUUGAGCUCGCUAAAGCAAGCAUUAGCCCCUAUGCUUUCUAAUAUUCAGCUAUCAGACUAUGACCCAUUUGACUUUGUUCUGCCAAAAGAUCCCUUUAGUAUUUUUUCAGGUGAAAAAGUUGAAAUUUCAGGAGUUUUCAAAAAAAGAAAACUCCCUAGAAACAUAAAAUUGCUAUUUGAAAAUGAAGGAUUACCUCAAAGUUUUGAGUUAGAAAUAAAUGGAGAUCUCAUUCCAGCUUCUUGCUCUGUUCUCCUAUUAGAAGCAAAAGAAUAUUUAAAUAGAUGUUACCGUCAGACAUCAGUUAAAAAAUCUAAAGAGUACUUAGUUGAAGGCCAAUUCACAUCAUUUAACACAAUAAGAUAUAAAAAAAAAGAAUCGCCAGUCGAGAUAAAAUCUACAGAUAAUGCUGAAGAUAUGCAGCAUUCUGCAAUUGAUCUACAGAAGACAGCUCAAAACCAACCAGCAAAAAUCAGCCAAAGAAGAGCAAGGUCAGGAAAAACUGUACCCGAACUUACAGUGCAGACUAGAUCUCAAGUUAAAAGAGCUGCUAAAAAGUCUGCUCCAAAACAGACAACUCCUAAGAGAGCAGUAUCUGCCAUAACCACUACACAAGCCGAUACUCCCAUAACUAGAAGUUCUUCAAAGCUAGAAGAUGUAAGCCUACAGACUAAAAGAGGAAGGGCAAAGCAAGCAAAAGUAAUUCCUCCUCGUAAAAAAGCUAAAGUAGAAAAGGAUGAGGCUAAAAUCAAAAACAUUGAAAUAAAACCAAUAGAAAAUAAGGAAAAAGAAGCUAUUAGUGAUCCUAGACCUCAAGAAAGCAAAGAAGUGAAAUGCAUUGAUGUUGGAUAUGAAGUUGAAAAAAUAAUGCAUCUACAAAAUCCUGAUGGUUUUUGGGAAUGUUCUAGAGACUUAUUAGAUAUUGCAAUUAAUUUGCUUGACUAUGAUAAUAGAAACUAUUGAACAGCGUUUGAUGAAAAUUUAACUACAGCUUUUAUUGUUGCAUUACUUAAUGAAAAAUGUGAAGAUUAUAAGUGCCUAUGGGAGUUAGUAGUUAUGAAAGCUAAAAAGUGGCUAGCUUCCCUUAUUCACAAUAGAAAGAUUAGAUUAAAAACUUCUCAAAAUUUUGGAAAAUCAGCCACUCAAUUUUUUAAACGAUUUUCAUAUAUCAAAAAUUUACUUUAAAUAUAUAAAUUUUUUCUAAAAUCUCUAUCCUCUAUGAUUGAUCAAACUUUACAGAUCUACUUUAAUAAAGAUAAGGAGCAAGCAAAAACAAACAAAGGUUGCUGUCACUUGCAGAUUUUUAA